AUGCCGCACACAAGAAGCAGACCCAUAUCCUCGGAGCGAGAUCGGGGUCAGAAGCGAUCAAGGAAAGGGUGCCCAGAAUGUCGCAAGCGCAAGAUCAAAUGUGACGAGCAACAGCCCCGGUGCGGUCAAUGUCGAAGGGCCAACCGCAAUUGCCGACUGCAAGAUUCAAUAUUCAAGCAACAUGAACUUUCGACUCGGUUCAAUAACUCAUUUCAAGGUGAUCAAGGAGACCGAGACAACUUGAAUGAAGCUGCUGCUAUUUCCAAAGCUGUACCAGGCCAUGUCCUUAGCACACACCUAUCCGCGGAGAUAUCGGGGGGAAACGACUCCCAAAUCGCCAAUGAGCAGACAACGCUUGCCGGUACCAUCGCGAGGCAACCCUCGCUGUCCGAGGAUAUUGGGUACUCAGACCAAGUCAACUCGGAGUCAGGCACGGGAAAUCAUGUCGGAGAGGCUUCCGCAGAGCUCAAUGCUUCCGAAAUCGACAUUCUCAGGAAUACCCCAGAGGAAUUAUUCCUUCUAAGGCAUUACUCGGAAUGCAUAGCUCCAUGGAUGGACUUGUUGUAUCGCUACGAGGUCUUCAGCCGGGAAGUCUUAACUCUAGCCCGAGAACAUCCAAUACUCCGCUACGCAGCGUGCGCAGUUGCUGCAAAACAACUGGGUCAGAUGCGAAGCCCCUUAUCAACUAUCAUUAUUGGCAAGACUCAACAGAAGAUCGCCGCUAAGCUUCAACAUGGCCCGCUUGGCCUGAUAUGGUACGGAGCGAAAUACUACGAAAAGGCGAUUCAAACACUGGUCAAAUCCAUAACAUCAGAACAUCCUGCCCAGAAUUACGCCUCCUCACCGGCGUCGCUGUCCUCGGGUAACCUGAUGGUACGAGCAGAUGGGGAAGAUCCAAUUGUGAGACUACUUGGGACAUGCAUCCUUAUCCAAUAUGAGCAGAUCAGCGCAAACAGAGACGCGUGGUCAGGUCACCUGUUUGAAUUCUCCAAGCUUCUUGACCUCAUCGAUGAUAGGAGGCUGCUCCACCCAGACCCGAUGUUCGAGGCGGUCUAUCCGUUCACUAAAGACGUCAUGCAGGUCAAAGCUGCAUUUUGGAACUUCGUGGUGAAUGACCUUGAGGAGUCCUUCGUCUCACACAGAAGAACGCGCAUCGAUACGGAGAAUUUUGCACUAUGGCGCAACAUGGGCCUUUUGAUCGAGGAUGACGGGAGCCUAACUACCGACGCCAGCCCAAACAGCCUCGCAAACACAGCCGAGCACGCGAGGGACAAGGCUUUGUCAUACACCCUCAUCCGUUACUUAUGCAAGUUGGUCAAUUACCUGGCACCCACAUCACACCUCGAGACUAUGCUUGUUCAGCCGAGAAAAGCCUUCAUAGAUCUCGAGGACCACUUUCAGGCUUGGUUCCAGACCAUCUCUUCAUGUUUCCUCGCUGAUGGUACCUUUUUCACGCACCGCCCUGCAAGCGUCGACGUCUCUAAUCUCUUUGGUCGAGAACUCUGGUUCAGCAACGACCUCUGCGCCACCACAAUGAUGUACUAUCAUAUGGCCUGCAUGCUGCUUCUUAUUCACCGCCCGUCAGAACUACUUCCGGGCGAGUCUUCGGUAGGAGCUCGUGCUUCUUUUGAUCUCUUGCGAGCAUUUCGUGACGUUGAACACAGGCUGCAGCGCCACGCGUCCGAGGUGGUCUCGAUUGCGCGUGGGACACCUUGUGAUGCUCGGAUGAGAGCGAUUCUUCAUGCCGAAAAGAUCAUGACUGACCAUUUCCAAACAUGCAGAACCCAUCUUUCGUCCUCAAGGAUGUCAAACAGGUUGUCAUCGAAGACAGGCCAAGACCCCAACUCAAUGACGGCCACGAUGUACUCGUUCACGUCUCACAAACCGGAAUUUGCGGCAGUGAUCUGGCAAAGAGGCCGAAUCGGCGAGUACGUUGUCACAGGCCCCAUGGUUCUAGGCCAUGAAUCCUCAGGCGUCGUCGUCGAGGUUGGCCAAGAUGUCAAGCACCUCAAACCGGGCGACAGGGUCGCCAUGGAACCCGGCAUUCCGUGCCGUCGGUGCAGCUACUGCCGCAACGGCAAUUACUUCAUAUGCCUCAACAUGAUCUUUGCCGCAAUGCCACCGACCGAUGGGACGCUGGCCAAGUACUACAUCAACGCCUCGGACUUUUGUUACAAAGUUCCGGAUAGUGUGUCGAUGGAGGAGGCGGCCAUGGUGGAGCCUCUCUCUGUUGCCUGUGCUGUGUGUGAGACGUCUGAGCUGAGACCGCAUCAGACCGUGCUUGUGCUGGGCUGUGGUCCGAUUGGGGUAUUGUGCCAGGCCGUGGCGAAGCUCUGGGGUGCGUCCAGAGUUGUUGGGGUCGAUGUCGUCGAGAAAAGGCUUGAAGUUGCGAGGAGCUUUGGGACUGACGCAACAUAUAUCCCCCCGCGCGCUGAAGCAGGCAUCGACCCGAUAGUCCAUGCAGAGGCUGUCGCGGCGAAGAUGAACCAGGAAUUGGGUCUGGGUGAUGGCGCUGAUGUCGUGCUCGAGUGUUCCGGCGCCGAGGCGUGUAUCCAGCUCGGCGUGUUUGCAGCGAAGAAGGGCGGAACGUUCGUACAGGCUGGUAUGGGCAAGGAAGUGGUUGCAUUCCCGAUCACAGCUGUCUGCACCAAGGCGCUGUCUGUCAAGGGCUCGAUCAGAUACAAGGCCGGGAGCUACGCGGCUGCUAUCGAGCUUCUCUCAGGCGGCAAGGUUGAUGUCAAGAGAUUAAUCACCCACCGGUACAGGUUUGACCAGGCUGAGGAGGCAUUUGAAUUAGUCAAAGCUGGGCGGUCCGAUGUGUUUAAAGUCAUUAUCGAGGGCGUCCUGGAGUAG